AUGGGCUCAAAGAGAAGAUUUUCCGAUAAGGUUGAACAUCCUGAUCCUGUCAAAAGUUCAAUUCCGGAACGUGCUGCUGAAGUCGCCGAGGAGUUAGCCAAAUCACACCCAAUCCCUCCGCCAACACCGCUACAGCAUCAUGAUGCUGGUGAGUUUAGUGAAUUGGUUCGCCAUAAAACAACAGCUGAACACGCAGCAAAAUUAGAGAACUCGACCGUGAACCCAUUCACGGGUAGGAAAUUCACCCCAAAAUAUGUCGAUAUACUGCGCAUCAGACGUGAAUUACCAGUUCAUGCGCAAAGAGCUGAAUUCUUGAAGAUCUAUCAGAACAAUCAAAUUAUGGUUUUUGUCGGUGAAACAGGUUCCGGUAAGACUACUCAGAUUCCACAAUUUGUGCUUUUUGAUGAAAUGCCACAUCUAGAAAACACGCAAGUUGCCUGUACCCAACCACGACGUGUUGCUGCAAUGUCAGUUGCUCAAAGAGUCGCUGAGGAAAUGGAUGUUAACUUGGGUGAAGAAGUUGGUUACUCCAUAAGAUUUGAGAAUAAAACUUCGAACAAAACUAUUUUGAAAUAUAUGACUGACGGUAUGUUGCUGAGGGAAGCUAUGGAAGACCACGAUUUGAAACGAUAUUCUUGUAUUAUUCUGGAUGAAGCUCACGAACGUACGUUAGCCACCGACAUAUUAAUGGGUUUGUUGAAGCAAGUUGUAAUAAGGAGGCCAGAUUUAAAACUUAUUAUUAUGUCUGCUACGUUAGAUGCGGAGAAGUUUCAAAGUUACUUUCAUAAUGCUCCAUUACUCGCCGUUCCCGGUAGAACAUAUCCUGUAGAAAUUUAUUACACUCCUGAAUUUCAAAGAGAUUAUUUAGACUCUGCAAUCCGUACCGUUUUGCAAAUCCAUGCUACCGAAGGAGAAGGUGACAUACUGCUAUUUUUGACAGGUGAAGAUGAAAUUGAGGAAGCAUCAAGGAAGAUAUCUUUGGAAGGUGAUCAGUUGGUAAGAGAGGAGGGCUGUGGUCCUUUAGCUGUCUACCCCCUAUAUGGUUCUUUACCCCCACAUAUGCAACAACGUAUCUUUGAGAAAGCUCCGGAGUCACACAAUGGUAGGCCGGGCAGGAAAAUUGUUGUGUCCACCAAUAUCGCAGAAACUUCUUUAACCAUUGACGGUGUCGUGUAUGUCGUAGAUCCAGGUUUCUCUAAACAAAAGGUCUACAAUCCAAGAAUCAGAGUUGAAUCGCUACUGGUUUCACCAAUCUCAAAGGCUUCUGCCCAGCAAAGAGCAGGUCGUGCAGGUCGUACAAGAUCUGGUAAAUGUUUCAGGUUAUACACUGAAGAAGCAUUCAAGAAAGAGCUGAUAGAACAGAGUUAUCCCGAGAUUCUACGUUCGAAUUUGUCUUCAACGGUUUUGGAAUUGAAAAAACUAGGCAUUGAUGAUUUGGUGCACUUUGAUUUCAUGGAUCCUCCUGCACCAGAGACGAUGAUGAGAGCUCUGGAGGAAUUGAAUUAUUUGGCAUGCUUGGACGAUGACGGUAACUUAACUGCUCUCGGAAGGUUGGCCUCACAGUUUCCACUGGAUCCAAUGCUUGCUGUUAUGCUUAUUGGAUCGUUCGAGUUCAAUUGUUCUCAAGAAAUACUAACCAUAGUCGCAAUGCUAUCAGUACCAAACGUAUUCAUUCGUCCGUCAAAGGACAAAAAGCGUUCAGAUGAGGCGAAGAACAUCUUCGCUCAUCCAGAUGGUGACCAUUUGACUUUACUAAACGUGUACCACGGAUUUAAAUCUGAUGAGGCCUACGAGUAUGGGAUUCAUAAGUGGUGCCGAGACCAUUAUUUAAAUUAUCGUGCGCUCUCUGCUGCUGAUAAUAUUAGAGCUCAAUUGGAACGGUUAAUGGUGCGUUAUAACUUAGAACUGAACACGACAGACUUCGAUAGCCCAAGAUAUUUCGAUAACAUAAGAAAGGCUCUUGCAUCUGGGUUCUUUAUGCAGGCAGCCAAGAAGAGAUCGGGUGGCAAGGGCUACAUCACUGUAAAAGAUAAUCAAGAUGUCUUGAUCCAUCCCAGCACUGUGCUAGGCCACGAUGCCGAAUGGGUUAUUUACAAUGAAUUUGUUUUGACGUCGAAGAAUUACAUAAGAACCGUAACAUCCGUCAGACCGGAAUGGUUAAUUGAACUAGCUCCUGCUUACUACGAUUUAAGCAACUUUCAAAAAGGCGAUGUCAAGUUAUCUCUGGAGAGGAUCAGGAACAGAGUCGAUACUAUGAAUCAAUUGAGGGAAAGCGAAAAACACAAGAAGAAAAGUAAACACGAUAAACAUAAUAAACACAGUAAGCACUAA